AUAAGAGCUGACCUUUGCUCACACAUGUUCACUUUUCAGUGAUCUCUGCACAAGUGGGCAGAGCUCGAAGCCCUCGAGAAAACGAUGAGCCAGAGUCACAGACACAUCUGGAUCCCUGGUUGACUGAGUGAGAGAUUGAGUGACCUACACCGGGCGCCACCAUGCAGGAGUGCCACACCGGCCUGUGUCUGUCCGUCUACAUCAUCACCUUCGUGCUGGGCCUCCCCGCCAACAUCCUCGCCUUCUACACCUUCUGCAAGAAAGUGAGGCAGAAGCCCACGCCGAUCGACAUCCUCCUCCUCAACCUGACCAUCUCCGACCUCCUCUUCCUCCUCUUCCUGCCCUUUAAGAUGCAGGAGGCCAUGGACAACAUGGUGUGGAACAUGCCCUACCCCCUCUGCCCGCUGUCCGGCUUCGUCUUCUACAUGACCAUCUACAACAGCACCUCCUUCCUCACGGCGGUCAGCGUGGACCGCUACCUCGGCGUGGCGUUCCCCAUCCACUACUCCGUGAAGCGGCGACCUAUGUACGCUGUGGUCGCCAGCAUCUUCUUCUGGAUUUUCUCCUUCCUCCACCUGAGCAUUGUGUUCAUCACGCCCUUCAUCGGCCGUGAAGAGUCUCAGAACAGCACCGAGGGCCAUAAUGCCCCGGGGGCCGAGGUGUGUUAUGAGAAUUUCACCGAGGCCCAGCUGAAUGUGCUCCUGCCCGUGCGUCUCGAGCUCUGUGUGGUGCUCUUCUGCAUCCCUUUCCUCAUUUGCAGUUUCUGCUACAUCAACUUCAUCAGGAUUCUGUCCAAGCUGCAGCACAUUGACCGCCGCCGGCGCCUCCGGGCCAUCGGCAUGGCGUUAGGAACCCUGCUGGUGUUCGCUUUGUGCUUUGGCCCGUACAACGUCUCUCACAUCGUGGGUUACAUAACGUGGAGAAGUCCCCACUGGAGAGACAAGGCCCUGCUCUGCAGCACCUUCAACGCCUGUCUCGAUCCUCUGAUCUUCUACUUCUCCUCCUCUGCCGUGAGGGAAACUGUGAGCAGUGUGAUACAAGGGGUUAAAAAUCGCCUUCCCGGGUGCACGUGCUGUCACGUUCCCCUGGGCUCGUGGGGCCCAAACCACAAGAACAAAAACCCUAACCCUGCGAGAGAUAAGGAGCACACACAAGAGGAGGCCAAUGCUAACUGACUGAAAGGCAUCUAAGGACAGCUGCUUUGACUAAUUUGCUUUUACAACCCUGGAAGCAGGAAAUUAAUGUCGUGUUUAUGUUUUUACAUGUGAGAAGAUUGCUCGUUGUGCAGCACACAGCGCGGCGCGGCGCUGUUUGACUCUGUGAUGAGCUUCCUGCUCAGAAACGAGACAGCAGAGGAAGUCUUCUGUCUGCAGGAGCAAGCAGCUUAACAUGCAAAAGAUGCAGAGCCGGGCCCCUUGGAACUGUCACAUUCAAAUGAACAAUAUUUAUUACACAACAGCAGGACUCCGCAAGAUCUCCGGUAAUGCAGUCGGGCGUUGUGUUGCUCCGCGGUGGAGACGCCAACAUAAACAAUGACUAAGCAACUGGACGUCCUCUCUAGCCAAUGAGAGACAAAGCUCACCGACAAACAGGAAGUGUCAUAUGUUUGUAAAAAGAUGCUCAUGA